GAGUAAGAUGGUUGGCUUUGACAGAUUGUAGAAGAGAAUGGAAUAGAGUAGAACAAUUGAUGGUAUUUUUGUUUGCUUACGGUUAAUUUUAUGAAAACUUUAUAGAGAAAUAUUAAGUGGCGAAUGUUCACAUUUAACUCGCUGCAUUUAUGUAACGUUAAAGUUAGAAAUUAUUUUGAAUUCGUGAGAAUUUUCUAUGAACUCAAAAAGCGAUACUGACGAAGCUUCAAGGGGGAGCGAAGCGUCAUCGUCAAAAAAUUCAACCCCAAACAACAGUGAGGAGCAAGCUACAACGAGUUUAUGCCCUGGCGCAGUGACCGGUACUUCAGGGGACAUUAUGAAGCGCGCCGCGGCUAAACAAUUAAUCGAGAGAUAUUUCUACCAAUUGCUUGACGGCUGUGGUAAUCCUAAUUGUGACAAUCGGUAUUGCGCUUCAAGUGGAGAGGCCAGAAAUCUGUCACCAAAUGAGGCAGCAGCUGAAGCUAUAAAAUUGUUUUACAAAGAGGCUCGAUUAUGUGACGCACUCCCCAACAAAGUUCCACGCACUGAAGCUUCUCCUUGUGAUAACAGUACAAGGCCAACAUGUACCACGUCAAUGUUAAUGAACGAAAAGGACAACAAAGAGAAAGACACAGAAACGCCCACGUCCAGCACCACAUCACAAGAGAUCACAUUGACAGAGGAACCACAUACUAGUCAUAAUGUAUCUCAACAGAGAACCUCAAAAUCUCGUAGUCAUAACAACGGAGCUCCAUUGACUGAAGAAAGGAUCUAUGAACUAUGUGACGAGUGCCUACAGAAUAAAGUAAGGGAGCCACUAAUAAGAGCUUUAGGUGAAGCGUUCACCCAGCCAGCCAUACUAGCCAGAUGUUUUGCCAGUAAACCAAGUGAAGACUGUACAAAUGAAAGAGGGAAAACUGCAGAUAAAGAGUCGAAAACGAUGAAUUUGCCGAGCGAUCCAGACAAGGACGUGGACAGUGUUACAGGGCCCGGGUUAGACGUCGCGUCAUGUCGCAGAGCGUUCCAGUACCUUGCCAAAGUGCCAUCAGAAUACUACAGUUCAGCGCUAGUUACCGCGUUGAAAACUCUAGCCGAUAACAUGGAAAUAGAUCUCAGGAUAACGAAGAAGAUGUGCACAGAGGAUGCCAUCAACUGUUUUGUUAUUGCAUUUGAAGUGCCAGACCUAGGCUGUAGUGAUUAUCUCGAGAUAGCACUGCCAGCGUUGUGUCAUGCCGCUGAGCAUUUGUCUAUUAAAGGUCAGGCGAAAUUAGCGCGGCUGUGGGCCGAGCACUGUAAGGACAGCUUACGUCACAUCCUGGAGACAUUGCAGCAGCUCAUAACGUUAAGGGUCAUAUCCACUAACUACACGAGGCAGUUCCAAGUGCAAGACGACGAACACGUCACGGCAGCUACUAAGUUAAUGAAAAUAGUGUACUACGCGAACAUGCUAGCGGGAGUGAUGGAAUCGAACACGCUUCGGGAAGAGCCCAUAGUGAUACCGAACCAACAGGACCCGCUGGAGAACGUGUUAGGACACCUGUACCCACCGACCUCGCUCAAGAACUCGAAAAACUCGCAACCUGAUGAUCCCUUAGCCAUUGAAUUAGAUUUAAAUGUAUUAGAUGCUAGGAAGCCACACCUGCCGUUCGAAGAGUUCUAUAAUGAACCCCUCAGUGAUACUAUUGAAAUGGAUAUAGAUUUUGGUAAUUACAAAACGGAGAUUAGUAAAGGUAAGAAGUUCGCGUUCCUGAAGUACCCGUUCAUCUUGACGCCGGCGACCAAGUCGCUGGGGCUGUACUACGAGAACCGCAUCCGCAUGUACUCGGAGCGGCGCGUGUCGCUGCUGCACGCGGUGGUGGGCGCGUCGCCGCCCAUGCCCUUCCUGCGCCUCAAGGUGCGCCGCUCGCACAUCAUAGACGACGCGCUCGUCGAGUUGGAGAUGAUAGCGAUGGAGCGGGCGUUAGAUCUAAAAAAGCAGCUUGUAGUGGAGUUCGAGGGUGAACAAGGCGUUGACGAGGGCGGCGUUAGUAAGGAGUUCUUUCAAUUGAUCGUCGAAGAGAUAUUUAAUCCAGACUACGGCAUGUUCACGCAGCAUCAGGACUCGCGUACUGUUUGGUUCAAUCCCACAUCGUUCGAGACAGACGCUCAGUUCACGUUGAUCGGUAUAGUUUUAGGGUUAGCUAUAUACAAUAAUAUUAUAUUAGCAGUCAAUUUUCCAAUGGUCGUGUACAGAAAGUUGAUGGGCAAGAAGGGCUCGUUUGAAGACCUCGCCGAUUGGAAUUCUACGUUAUACAACGGUUUAAAAGACAUGCUCGAAUACACCGGCGACGACUUACAAGACGUUUACUACCAGACGUUCAGGAUAUGCUAUCAAGACGUGUUUGGCAACAACAUAUUCCAUGAUUUGAAGGAGAAUGGGGAUAAUAUAUUCGUCACACAGGAAAAUAAAAAGGAAUUCGUAGACAUGUAUGCAGAUUUUUUAUUAAACAUAUCCGUGGAGACGCAGUUCAGAGCGUUUCGUAGAGGGUUCCUAAUGGUGACAGACGAGAGUCCACUCGCUGUGUUAUUCCGGCCUGAAGAAGUUGAAAUGCUAGUCUGUGGUAGUAAGAACUUCGACUUCAACGAGUUAGAAAAGUCGACCGAGUACGACGGCGGGUACACCGCGGAGUCCACCACCAUCAAGCACUUCUGGAGCGUGGUGCACUCGCUCACCCUGGAGGACAAGCGCAAGCUGCUGCAGUUCACCACCGGCUCCGACCGCGUGCCCGUCGGCGGCCUCAGCCAUCUCAAACUCGUCAUCGCACGCAACGGACCAGACUGCGACCGGCUACCCACAGCACACACCUGCUUCAACGUCCUGCUCCUGCCGGAGUACGAGUCCAAGGACAAACUCCAGGACCGACUCAUGAAGGCCAUCAGCUACUCCAAAGGCUUCGGAAUGCUUUAACAUACGGUUUAAUGUCGGUGUGAAUGAGCCGCAACAAUAAACAUUUUAUUUAUGAGUUUCAAAGGAAACGAGUUUUUGUUGUUUGGUUGUUGUAUUUAAAUUACAUAUAAACUAUAAUAAAUCUAUAAAAGCAAUAAUACCGAAACAUAUAGGAAAUCUAUACCGCUAACUAAGCUAUGUUAAGUCGUCGAUAUAUUUUUGUAAUUACAAUAUGUUCCAUGGCUUUGUGUGGAAUGACUGUUUUAUUGUACAUUUUGUAACGUUUAUGGCUAUUUAGUAUUAUGGCUGAUUUAUAGAUGUAGAAAAAGUAGUUGUUUGCACCACAUGUACAUUGUCCGUUUCUAAAUUUUGAGAUACGUAGAUGGUUUUAUAAUUAUUGAAAAUUAUGCGAAUAAACGUUAGGAAAGCAACGGA